ACGGUAACCCCACCGGGAGGUCACUAGGCGGUUAAUUAGCACUACUACUUCGGCGUAGCGCUGAACCCUAGCAGGAGGCCCUGGGGCGGGGGGUGCCGGCGGGCGGCGUGACCCCGUGCGUUCAAGCUACCUGGGUCGGGAAGGAGGGGCCCAGGGCCCGGUUCUAGGACACAGGUGUCACACUGCAUCGUAAGCCGGGAUGCAGAUUAAACCCUCGAGCCCUCGGCCCCGCCGCGGGCGGGAGCGGACGCAGCACGGGGCCUCGGUCGCCCCUUGAGUGCAGCAGGCUCCGCGAAGCCCACGGUCCGUGCCCUGCCAGGUGCACGAGUCCAGGCGCUCGCCUUCACUGUACUGCAUCUCCAUAGGAUGGACGGGCAAUUUUAAAGUGCUUCUGUGGCGACAGCCACCAACGGACACCUUUAUGAUUAAACAACCGUACGGAGUUCAGCUGCCCGGCCUUUGCGGACGAAGCAGGCCCGGGCCUUUCCCUGCGCAGGGCGGGUGGCCGCAGCCCAGCAGCCCUGGCUUUGCUCCAGACCCGGCCCGGGAUGACAUCACCUAACUCCUCCGAUCAGCGAGAGAGGGCCCCCGAAAUCCCCUAAAAACAUUGUGAGUAAUCGCCGGGCCCGCCCUCCAGGCGGAGCCCAGCCCCGGGAGAUAGUCAAGCCGCUCCGCCAGCCCCGGGAGCGGCCUCCGGGCGAGCAGCCUCUUCGGCCGCCGCUGUGCGCGCUCUAGACCCCGGCACUCGGAGGCGGCGGCGGCGCGCGCGGCCUCUUCGUCCUCCACGCGGCGCGCGCUUGUUCCCGGCCCCCUCGCGGGGCGGCGGCGGCGGCGGCGGCGGCGGCGGCGGCAGCGGAGCAUCGCGCAGGCGCGGCUGGAUUCCCGGCAGUGACGCGGCGGCGGGCGCGCGCGGCGCAUUUCCGCCUCUGGCGAAUGGCUCGGCUGUAGCGCGCGCCGCGGGCCCAGCUGCGACCCCGGCCCCGCCCCCGGGACCCCGGCCAUGGACGACCUGUUCCCCCUCAUCUUCCCCACAGAGCCAGCCCAGGCCUCUGGCCCCUACGUGGAGAUCAUCGAGCAGCCCAAGCAGCGGGGCAUGCGCUUCCGCUACAAGUGUGAGGGUCGCUCGGCAGGCAGUAUCCCAGGCGAGAGGAGUACCGAUACCACCAAGACCCACCCCACCAUCAAGAUCAAUGGCUACACAGGGCCAGGGACAGUUCGCAUCUCCCUGGUCACCAAGGACCCCCCUCACCGGCCUCACCCCCAUGAACUUGUGGGGAAAGACUGCCGGGAUGGCUUCUACGAGGCUGAACUCUGCCCAGACCGCUGCAUCCACAGCUUCCAGAACCUGGGGAUCCAGUGUGUGAAGAAGCGGGACCUGGAGCAAGCCAUCAGUCAGCGCAUCCAGACCAACAACAACCCCUUCCAAGUUCCCAUAGAAGAGCAGCGUGGGGACUAUGACCUAAAUGCGGUGCGGCUCUGCUUCCAGGUGACAGUGCGGGACCCGGCAGGGAGGCCCCUCCGCCUGUCACCUGUCCUCUCUCAUCCCAUCUUUGACAACCGCGCUCCCAACACUGCUGAGCUCAAGAUCUGCCGAGUGAACCGAAACUCUGGGAGCUGCCUCGGCGGAGAUGAAAUCUUCCUGCUGUGUGACAAGGUGCAGAAAGAUGAUCGUCACCGGAUUGAGGAGAAACGCAAAAGGACAUAUGAGACCUUCAAGAGCAUCAUGAAAAAGAGUCCUUUCAAUGGACCCACCGACCCCCGGCCUCCACCCCGGCGCAUUGCUGUGCCUUCCCGCAGCUCAACUUCCGUCCCCAAGCCAGCAACCCAGCCCUACCCUUUCACGCCAUCCCUCAGCACCAUCAACUUUGAGGAGUUUUCCCCCAUGGUAUUCCCUUCAGGGCAGAUCCCAAGCCAGACCUCGGCCUUGGCACCAGCCCCUGCCCCAGUCCUGGCCCAGGCCCCAGCCCCAUCCCCUGCCCCAGGCAUGGUAUCGGCUCUGGCCCAGGCCCCAGCCCCUGGCCCAGUACUAGCCCCAGGCCUCACCCAGGCUGUGGCCCCGCCUGCCCCCAAGACCACCCAGGCUGGGGAAGGGACACUGACAGAGGCCCUGCUACAGCUGCAGUUUGAUGAUGAAGACCUGGGGGCCCUGCUUGGCAACAGCACGGACCCAACCGUGUUCACGGACCUGGCAUCCGUCGACAACUCUGAGUUUCAGCAGCUGCUGAACCAGAGUUCUGUGGCCCCACACACAGCUGAGCCCAUGCUGAUGGAGUACCCCGAGGCUAUAACUCGCCUGGUGACAGGGUCCCAGAGGCCCCCUGACCCAGCUCCCACUCCCCUGGGAGCCUCUGGGCUCACCAACGGCCUCCUCUCAGGGGAUGAAGAUUUCUCCUCCAUCGUGGACAUGGACUUCUCCGCCCUUCUGAAUCAGAUCAGCUCCUAAGGGGGUGAUACCUGCUCUGCCCAGAGCACUGGGUUGCAGGGCAUUGAAGCCUUCCCAAAGCAAGCACGUAUGGAUUCUGGGGUGUGUGCUCCAGCUGCCCCCAACUUCUUUAGGUGAUGUCUUCCUAGGAAGGGGAGGAUGCAUUGUAUUUUACUGGCAGUAUCUCUCUCUCUUUUUGGAGGUGCUUAAGCAGAAGCAUUAACUUCUCUGGAAAGGGGGGAGCCGAGAGAACUCAAACUCUUUCUUCCUUUAACCUGGUGUCAGCUCCCUUCUCCCUAUAGGGAAUUCUGGGGGGCCCCAUACCCCCUCUCCAGCUUCUAGUACUCCUAGAGAGGGACAGGCUGGAGCUAUGGCCUUUGAGGCCAUAGAGCCUUAUUACCAAGUGUCUUCCUCAAAUCAUGGAUUCAUUCACACCUUGAGCCAAAAUAAUGCCUGUUACCAACCCCUCUGUGGUGCUGACAAUGUCCUUGUGCCUAAUACCAGCAUUUGAGGGGCUGGCUGGCCUUCCUGCCCUGCAGAGGUCUCUGCUGUUUCCUUUCUCAGAUGUGGCUGAAGGGCACUGGUGGGGCGGUGCUGGCCCUCUCCAGGAUCGAGGGAGGUUCAGUCUGAGACUUCCCUGUUCUCCCUUUUUUCAAGUGCCUUAAUAGUAGAGCAGGUUGAUUGGCGAGUGGGUGGGGAGUACAGAGUGGCAGCUCUCCAAUCAAGAGGCUCAGUUUUUACUGAAGAAUCAAAGCAGUUGGACUUUUGCUCUUUCUACUCUGAACUAAUAAAUUCAUUGCCAAGCUGG